AUGGCCUCCGAACCGACGUGGGCCCAACUGCUGGGCCACCAAAAUUGGGCGGGGCUUUUGGACCCUCUGCACCUCUCCCUCCGUUCCCUGAUCCUCCGCUGCGGCGACCUUAUCCAGGCCACCUACGACGCCUUCAACAACGACGAAAACUCGCCGUUCUGCGGCUCCAGCCGCUACGGCAAGUCCUCGUUCUUCCGCAAGGUCAUGCUCGACGACCCCGAUCACUACGACGUCGCGGCGUUCCUCUACGCCACCGCCAAAGUCUCCGUUCCCGAGGCCUUCCUCGUCCACUCGCUCUCGCGCGAGGCGUGGGACCGCGAGUCCAACUGGAUCGGGUACAUCGCCGUCACGUCGGAGCAGCGCUCGAAGGAGCUCGGGCGGAGGGAAAUCUACGUUGUGUGGCGCGGCACGUCGAGAAACAUGGAGUGGAUCAACGUGUUCGGCGCCGGGCCAAAGUCCGCUGCGGGGUUGCUCAACGCGGAAAGCAUCAGAGAGUUGAAGGGACGAAACAAGGACGGAAGCAGCAGUAGCAGUAGCGAUGAUGAAGAUAAUUCAAGAACACCGAAGGUGAUGUCAGGUUGGCUCACGAUCUAUACUUCCGAUGACCCAAAUUCUCCUUUCACCAAAACCAGCGCAAGAACGCAACUUCUUUCCCGCGUAAAAUCCCUCAUUCAACGUUAUAAAUCUGAGAAUCCAAGUGUGGUCCUCAUGGGACACAGCCUGGGUGCAAGCCUAUCCAUCGUGAGUGCCUUUGACUUGGUGGAAAACGGGGUAAAGGACAUCCCGGUCGCGGCCAUCGUGUUUGGGUCCCCACAGAUUGGAAACAAGGCCUUCCAUGACCGGUUCAACAAGUUCCCAAACCUGAAGGUUUUGCACGUGAAGAACGUGAUCGAUGUGAUCCCACACUACCCAGGGAAGUUGUUGGGGUACGAGUACUCGGGCGUGGAGCUGGUGAUCGACACGCGGAAGUCGCCGAGCUUGAAGGAUUCAAAGAACCCAAGCGACUGGCAUAACUUGCAAGCGAUGUUGCACGUGGUGGCAGGGUGGAACGGGAAGCAUGGGGGGUUUGAGUUGAAAGUGAAGAGGAGUUUGGCGCUGGUGAACAAGUCGAGUGAGUUUCUGAAGGAUGAGUGUGGCGUGCCUGGGUCCUGGUGGGUGGAGAAGAAUAAGGGAAUGGUGAAGAGAGAGGAUGGGGAGUGGGUUUCCAAUGCACCAGAUGAUGAGGAUCUGCCUGUACCUGAAGACAUUUAA